CCGGAAGGAGUACAGUUGCUAAAGCUGUCGCAGCUAGCGAUGGACAAGGCUGUGGGGGAAAUCGCAUGGAGGCCACCGCGGGCAUGUGAAGACUACUGGAGUGAGUUUAGACACUGCAAAAGUUUAAAAAACUGGUUUCACCACUACUACACUUACGGUACCGUGCCGUCCUGCCAGCAGUGGAAAGAGGACUACCAUAACUGCAGAGAGUGGGAGAAACACAGAGGCACCGAGGCUAAGGAGGCGUUGCGGAGAAGUGAGAAAAUCCGAGUGGCAGAGCAAAGAAACUUCAUUCCAGUGUGGCAGCUGAGGCAGGAGCCUCCUAGAGACUGGCAUGUGCCACUGAACCAGGAGAAGCCUCAGGACUCCUGAACAUCGAGUUUUGACAACAUGCUGUGUUUCAGUUUAAGAGCCUGGACAUUCUUGUGAUCACAAGAUGUCAUGAGUUGUAUUCAGAGAACUGCUGUAUGUAAAAUGAUAUGUACAGUAUGUCUAACAAUGCUGGCAGCAGCUAGUGGUCAGCGAUGAGGAUUCAGCCUCUGUUUUAUCAGUGAAUAUGAUCUCUUUCCAGGCAGGCUGGUGUGUCAUAGGUACUAAUUCUGCAAAGCUUGUGUAAACUUAAGCACAAAGACCGACUGCACUCAGAGACUCUGUGAAAAUUGGCUCUAUAUUAUCCUUAUUUUGACAGGAUAUAUAAUCAAUCCAGAUAAUCAGUGAUCUGCUUUGUUCUCCUUGAAAAAGGUGAAGAGCCAGGUCUUUGCAUGGUACCGGUAGGCCUAUCUGUAUUUGUCAGCUGCUGAGCAAAUGAAUUGACUUUAAGAAAGGUUAAUGAUGUAGCUCUUGAUGCUGGAGUCAGGUCUAUGGGAUGUUUAAUCCUACUGAAAAAAUCGAGAUGACAGAAUCCAGAGUUGUGUAGCGGUUUUCUGCCUUAUAACAUGACAUGUUCAAAAAGAUUCUGAAAACUGGAUCAAUAAAAAGAUGUGUAAUUU